AUGUAUCUCGAAAUCUUCCUCAUUGUCGCCGAGGAAGCUGAGCUCCCAGCUCUCUCGGCCCUCAUGCGCACAAAUAGUCAAAUUUAUGCUGGCAUUGUCGAAUACGAGCAAUCAAUUUGCAAGACGCGCAUGCAAAGAUACAUGCUUGCUCCUAGCUGUGACGUCGUAUCUACUCGAACACCUGAGCGAGAAGUUUACCCACGCUUCUCUUUGGAUACUAUGGGCGAACUUGAGCGCAGGCAGAAGCGGAUUGCAAGCAUAGUCAGCCACGAUAUCCUCUCGGCUAACAGCACCAUAUCUGAAGAAUGCCGCUCGCGUUAUGUAGCGGGCCUGGAGCGAGCGCUGCACAUCUGCGAUCACGUGCUCGACUUGAGCAAUCAAGAUAGCGAACGCAAAGCUCAAGUUGAGUACAUCAAGACGCUAUCCAUCGUGGACUUGGCUUUUCUGUUCGAGGCAGCCUCGAUGGGAUCCGUCGGAUGGGCCCGGGGACGGGGCGCUGACCCAACCACGGAUCCAGACUACCUCCACAAGAUGCUCGCUUUUGAAGACCUCGUCCUAAGGCAGGGCUCGAUGUUUCUUUGGGGUUUGACACAGGGUCCGGAUAAUUUCUACAGGCACUCAAUACGACAGAUGGAGAACGUGGCCGCAGAGAUACACGAUUGGGAGUUUAACAACGGCCCUAAGCUGCCGUCACUUCGCCUGGCGGUCAUUUACGCAUUUAUCGAGAAAAAGAAGUGCACUUUCAUCAACUUCACUCAGCACAUGGCCGCCAUCGUCGAGAGAGAAAUUAAAGGCCCGCUGCCGCCAGCAGGUAAAGAGGUUACCAAGGGUAUUCACCAACAAACAUGA